AUGAUCGAAGACCUUCUCGCAUGGAUGACACUUAGUCGAACCUCACUAUGGCUUCUAGGAUUAUUCGUUGCAUUUUGUGUAUUCCGCAAGUUUCAAGCUUCAGCGCAAAUCGCUCUUCUCGGUGUCAGGGCUCCCAAAAUUCGGUUCCAUCUCCCGUACGCUCUCGACUUCAUCUUCCAAGGCUACCAAGCCAAUCAAGUAAACCGCGACAUAGAGUUCUGGGAUUCAAAACUCGGACAAGCAGGCGGUCUAACAAAUGUGAAGACAGCCGAACUCGACGCUGGACUCUCCACCCGAAUGGUCAUCACCAAGGACCCAGAGAAUAUCAAGGCACUCCUCACCAGCCAGUUCGCCGAUUACGGAAAGGGCGACUCCUUCCACCAGGAGUGGAAGGAGUUCCUAGGCGACAGCAUAUUUACCACAGACGGGGAGCUAUGGUCUCGCUCCCGUCAGCUCAUCCGUCCCAUGUUCUUCCGUGACCGCAUCGUCGAUACUGAAAUCUUCGAGAAGCAUAUUCAGAAACUUAUCCCGCUCCUCGGCGGCAGUUCCUCGCACAGCAGCAGCAGCAGCAGGAUAGUGGAUGUCGGAUCACUCUUCUUCCGGUAUACCCUCGAUGCAGCAACAGACUACCUACUCGGCAAGGGCACAGACAGUCUAGAUAACCCGGCAACACGGUUCGCCGAAGCGUUCAGAUAUGUGCAGCAACGCCAGGCAGAGUACUUCCGUUUCAGUGUCUUUAGCAAUGUGAUGUCACGCACCGAAUUCCGCAAGAACCUUAAGAUAAUGGACGAGUUCAUCCAGCCAUACAUUGAAACCGUCCUCGACCGCUCAGCUGGCGAACUUAACGAAAAGCUCUCAAAGAGCCAGACCUUCCUCGAUGCCCUAGCCAGCUUUACCCGCGAUCCCCGCAUCCUCCGUGACCAGCUCGUCGCCGUCCUCCUCGCAGGGCGUGACACAACAGCCGCAACACUAUCCUUCUGCCUCUUCGAGCUCUCGCGCAACCCGAAAGUCGUGGCGAAGUUGCGCGACGAGAUCCGCAAUAGACUUGGUGUCGGUGCCGAGGCCCAGAAACCCAGCUACGCCGAUCUCAAAGAAAUGAAGUACCUCAACGCAGUACUACAUGAGACGAUGCGUUUAUAUCCAGUUGUGCCAUUCAACGUGCGCUACUCUCUGCGCGAUACAACGCUUCCACGCGGCGGUGGGCCGGACGGGCUAGCGCCCGUGGGAGUGCGCGCAAACUCGCGUAUUUUCUACUCGACGAUGUUGAUGCAGCGGGAUCCUGAUUUGUAUGACGGCCCGGGAUCAGAGAACUACUUCGAUCCUGGGGAGUGGAUUCCUGAGCGAUGGGUUUCCGGCUGGCAGCCCAAGCCAUGGCAUUUUAUUCCGUUUAAUGGGGGACCACGGAUUUGCAUUGGACAGCAGUUUGCUAUUAUUGAGAUGGGGUAUACUGUUAUUCGGAUUCUGCAGGCUUAUGAGCGCAUUAUUGCGCUACCCGUUGGCGGGAAGGAUAAAGUUGAAGAUCCGGUGCUUCGGUUUGAGGUUACCCUGAGUCCCGGCUCUGAGUUGAAUUGCAUUUUCCUGAAGGAGGGUGAAGAGGCUGCGCAUAGUGCCGCCACGACAAGUGUUGCUUGA